AUGGGAGAAAGCAAAAAGUUAGAAGAUUACAACUCCGCCUUUGAAUGUGUACCUUCCUACAUACGUGGAACUCCAGACAUAAGCAAAAAGUUCAAUGACCGAAUUCCAGAGCGCGAGAGAGAGGAAGGGAGGAUUUGGGGUUUUCAAUUCCCUGGAGAGGGUGCUGGCGUCCGCGCCCUCAACGCCAUAGCCUUCCAAGUUAAGGCGAAAGCCACCUCUUCGGGCCUUAGUCGCAUCCAACUUACUCCAAGUUUUCUGGUGACUCCUACAGGGCCCCUUUCCGUCCCCCUACCCCCACCCCUUAUUGAGAUUGACAGUCGCGUGGAGGAGGCUUUUCCAGGCACAGCCUUUCUCAUGGUAAUCAGCCCCCAGCAUCACCUCCCGGCUGCGGCCGCUCCGGCUCGGUGCGCGGCUCGCGGACCCCGGGGACCGGAAACAAGGCGGCGGGCGGGUAGCCGGCGAGCGAGCCAGGCUCAACUCCGAAAGGAUUGGAUUGUGAGUUUGCACGUGAGAAAACCGUUUGGCUUGGCUUGGACCCCUGCCUCCCCGCACCCCCUCCACACACCCCCAAUCCAGGGGUCCCUCUUAUCACCCUUUGCUUGCAACUCUAAGAGAAGUUCCCCACCUCCUGCAUAAUUCCUCUAGAUGAAAGAUCAAUUCCGUUUCAAAAAGAGAAUAGGUUCUUUUUUAAAAUUUUUUCCACAUGGUACAAAAUAAACAGAAAUUGCUUUUUUAAAGAAAUCAUUAGCUGUGGCCAAAUUCGAAUUCCUUCUAUAGCUUGUGUGUUCAAGGGCAGAAACACUGUAUCUCUUCGGGCAUCUG